UGAAAGGACUCAUUGUAGGGAGGGAUGAGUUUGUGUGCAGCGGUGGUGUGUGUGCUGUGAGUGUGUGUGUGUGUUUGUGUGUUUGUGGAGCCCCUUCCUCCUUAACUAGCUGGUCAGCAGCGGAGGGAUUAUCGAAGCAGUUCCACUCACUACUAACAGACGGGGAGACGGGGGGGAUUGCAAAAAAGCGUGAAUCAUGCUUGUCGUCAUUACUACCGGCUGGGAGUGGAGCCGAAAUUGUGCAAGAUACGGAUAACAGCGAAGAAAGGUCCGUGUGGAAGUUUCCAGGGCUCCUCAUUCCGCCGUGAAAAUGCCUCACCAGGGGCUCUGCCACUGCUGCUGCUGCUCGGACCCGUCGCUUUAUGCUGCCUCCUUCACAUGUGCUUUAUGUUGAAGAACAGGAUAUAAACCUCUAAGAAAUCUGCAAGAGUGACAAAACCAAAGCACCUGAGGAUAUUUUUGUUUAUUUUCGCCGUGCGGAGAAUUUCUCAAGUGAAAAAGGAGGGAGAAAACUUGUAGGCUAGUUGUUGGACAAACAUGGGGAACGCAGGGAGCAUGGACCAGCACACUGAUUUCAGGGGACAUAACAUGCCUCUGAAACUACCCAUGCCCGAGCCUAGUGAAUUGGAGGAAAGAUUUGCAACCGUUUUGAGCUCGAUGAAUCUUCCUCCAGACAAAGCGCGACUGUUGCGGCAAUACGACAACGAGAAGAAGUGGGAACUUAUCUGCGAUCAGGAGCGAUUCCAAGUGAAAAACCCGCCUCACACGUACCUCCAAAAGCUGAGGAGUUAUCUAGACCCAGCAGUCACGAGAAAGAAAUUCAGACGGCGAGUUCAGGAGUCCACCCAAGUCUUGAGAGAACUGGAAAUUUCGUUACGGACCAAUCACAUAGGCUGGGUGAGGGAAUUCCUAAAUGAGGAUAACAAAGGCCUGGACGUGCUGGUGGAGUAUCUUUCUUUUGCACAGUAUGCCGUCACGUUUGAUGGAGACUGUGAGGAGAACAACCCAGAUGCUCCUAUGGACAAGUCAAAGCCCUGGAGCCGCUCUAUAGAAGACCUGCAUGGAGGAGGCACCCUGCCGUCGUCUCUCAGUGGGAACGGCAUCACACGAGCUGGGCGACAUUCCACGAUACGCUCCAACACACUGCCGAGCCGGAGAACUCUGAAAAACUCCAGAUUGGUUUGCAAGAAAGAUGAUGUCCACGUCUGCAUCAUGUGCCUGCGUGCUAUCAUGAAUUACCAGUAUGGCUUCAACAUGGUCAUGUCCCACCCACAUGCUGUGAAUGAAAUUGCACUAAGUCUCAACAACAAAAACCCAAGAACUAAAGCUCUAGUCUUGGAGCUCCUGGCGGCAGUUUGUCUCGUGAGAGGAGGCCAUGAAAUUAUUCUCUCUGCGUUCGACAACUUUAAGGAGGUGUGUAUCGAGACACAGCGGUUUGAGAGGCUGAUGGAGUAUUUCAAAAACGAGGACAACAACAUCGACUUCAUGGUGGCCUGUAUGCAGUUCAUCAACAUAGUUGUGCACUCCGUGGAGGACAUGAACUUCAGAGUUCACCUACAGUUCGACUUCACCAAGCUGUGUCUGGACGACUACUUAGACAAACUAAAGCAUACAGAGAGUGACAAGCUGCAGGUUCAGAUCCAGGCCUACUUGGACAAUGUGUUUGACGUGGGAGCCCUUCUGGAGGAUGCAGAGACCAAAAACGCAGCGCUGGAGCGUGUGGAGGAGCUGGAGGAGAACAUGUCACAUAUAACAGAGAGGCUGCUGGACACGGAGAAUGAGGCCAUGUCAAAGAUCGUGGAGCUGGAGAAGCAGCUGAUGCAAAGGAACAAGGACCUUGAAUCGAUCAGGGAAGUGUACAAAGACGCCAGCUCUCAGGUGCACUCGCUGCGGCUGGUGCUGAAGGAGAAGGACGAGGCCAUCCAGCGGCAGAGUAACCUGGAGAGGAAGAUCCACGAGCUGGAGAGACAAGGCACCAUCAAGAUCCACAAGAAGGGAGACGGAGACAUCUCCAUCCUGCCCUCCCCCCCCUCGGGGGCAGAGGGCCUGCCGGUUGCUGUGAUGGGAGGGAACGGUGCUGCCUACAGUCCCAAUCAUAUGGGAGUCGUAUCGCCGGGUCCACCUCCUCCACCGCCAGCCCCCCCACUGCCACUGAACGGCACAUGUGGCCAUCCCUGCAGCAGCAGCAGCAGCAGCAGCACGCUCCCCCACCCUCCUCCCCCGCCUCCCCCUCCGCCUCCUCCACCAGGCCCACUCUCACAGUUCUCAGCACCACCACCUCCUCCGCCUCCUCCUGGAGCCCCCCCACUGCCCGGCUGUGGGACGCCCACUGUCAUCAUGAACUCUGGGUUAGCAGCGGUUAAGAUCAAGAAACCCAUCAAGACUAAGUUCCGUAUGCCCGUCUUUAACUGGGUCGCCCUGAAACCAAACCAGAUCAACGGGACGGUCUUCAAUGAGAUCGAUGACGAGAGGAUACUCGAGGACCUGAACGUGGACGAGUUUGAGGAGAUGUUUAAGACGAAAGCCCAGGGCCCGGCUAUCGACCUCACCUCCAGCAAACAGAAGGUCAUCCAGAAGGGGCCCAACAAGAUCACGCUGCUGGACUCCAACAGAGCCAAGAACCUGGCCAUCACACUGAGGAAAGUGGGCAAGAGUCCCGAGGAGAUCUCCAAGGCCAUUCAGAUCUUUGACCUGCGCACUCUGCCGGUGGACUACGUUGAGUGUCUGAUGCGCUUCCAGCCCACAGAGCACGAGGUGAAAGUCAUGCGGCAGUUUGAGAAGGAGCGCAAACCGCUGGAGAGCCUGACGGGCGAGGACCGCUUCAUGAUGCAGUUCAGCAAGAUCGAGAGGCUCAUGAAUAAGAUGACCAUCAUGGCGUUCAUCGGGAACUUCAGUGAGAGCAUUCAGAUGCUCACGCCGCAAAUCCAUGCAGUCAUUGCAGCUUCUGUUUCUAUCAAGUCGUCACAGAAGCUGAAGAAAAUUCUAGAGAUCAUCUUGGCCCUCGGGAACUACAUGAACAGCAGCAAAAGAGGAGCAGUGUACGGGUUCAAGCUGCAAAGUUUAGACUUGCUACUCGACACCAAGUCGACCGACCGUAAGCUAACGCUGUUACACUACAUAGCCAACGUAGUCAAAGAGAAGUACUCUCAGGUUGCGCUCUUCUACAACGAGCUGCACUACGUGGAGAAAGCUGCAGCAGUGUCGUUGGACAACGUCCUGAUGGAUGUGAGGGAGCUGCAGAGAGGCAUGGAGCUGACCAAGAGAGAGUACAGCAUGCACGGACACAACACCAUGCUCAAAGACUUCAUCACACACAAUGAGAACAAGCUGAAGAAGCUGCAGGAGGAUGCCAAGAUUGCACAGGAUGCCUUUGACGAGGCAGUGAAGUUCUUCGGGGAGAACUCCAAAACCACGCCACCCUCCGUCUUCUUCCCCGUGUUUGUGCGGUUUAUUAGGGCUUACAGGCAAGCAGAAGAGGACAAUGAGCAUAAAAAGAGACAGGAGCAGCUUUUGAUGGAGAAGCUUUUAGAACAGGAGGCCAUGAUGGAGGAAGACACCAAGUCUCCUCAUAAGAGCAAGCGGCAGCAGCAAGAGCUGAUCCAGGAGCUCAGGAAGAAACAGGUGAAAGACAGCCGCCAUGUCUACGAAGGCAAAGAUGGAGCGAUAGAGGACAUCAUCACGGAUUUGAGGAAUCAGCCUUACAGGCGAGCAGACGCUGUGCGGAGGAGUGUCAGGAGACGCUUCGAUGAUCAGAACCUGCGGCCGCUCAACAACGAAGUGGUCGUGUGACGAGGGAGACGUGCAUGUGCUGGGGGGGGAGGCAAGGAUGUGUAAGACAGGAUGUUGGAUGUAGAAUGAAGGACGAGAAGUGAAAGAUGACAAGUGUAGCAACCAUAGAGAUGAGUAUGUAUAUAUAUUACAUAAGAAUGAUUCCAUGUCUGUGGCGUAGCAGCAGCUUUUCACCAUGAAGGACUGGGACGUAUGGGACUGGAUUGAAAGUGUCUGAAGGUUGAAACCUUAGACGAGCAAAGUGCCUGAACUGAUUUUGUGGGCUAAUGUCACGCCGUCUUGUUUGUCUGAUGACUGUUUUUUUUAAUAUUUCCCACUUCGAGCAACACCACUUGACCUGGCUUUAAUUUGACGAUGUGUGAAACUGGACUUGCAGUGGCCUUAAGAGCCACGUAAAGAGAUGGGAACGUAAUGUAGAAUGUAUGGGACGCGCUCCCUUUAGCUGUUACAGAUAUGACAUCUUUACGUGUUGGGUUUGAUGCUCUGUUUUAUCGCGGUACAUUCCGGUGCUCUUUUACAUUCCUCUUACAAUACGAUGUGCUCAACCUGCACUCUUUCUUAUCUCAUGAGGUUUUUCCAACUCGGACUAAAAGUGCUGAUGGUCAGGCCUAAAAAAGGUUAUCAGAAAAGUAAUUUGUUUUACUAAAGUAUGAGAAGAGAAUGAAAAAGUAAUCAAGACAAGAGAAUUUUACAUAUCAGGCAGAUGCUGACUUCUCUUCCAUAAUUUGUUUAAGUAAAUGGAUCAAGAUUGAAUUUGUCGAUCUAAAAUCAAUGAGUGCUCUCAUAAACUCUACCGUCCAUUUUAAAUGUUGCAUUUCUGUAGCAGCACAGCAGUUUGUCUGGUUUCUGGGACCAAGUCAGGAGUGAAUGAGCCUGUAAAGCAACAUUGAAAACAUUUUAUACCAAACGUAAAUACUGCACAAUAUGCUGAACCCUGUCUCAUUGUCAUAACUGGACUUUGCAUUUCAUCUCUGUCGACUGUUUUUCUUUCUACAAAUCGAUUAUAUUCCAGGCUACUGUCUACUCACUAUUGUAAUUUUAAUGUAUAGUAUUUAACCACUGAAAGGAUUUCUUUAAGCUCAUGUUUUCAUCUAAUGUGUGUCUGCGGUCAAAAACAAGUACUCAACACAAAGUAAACCUAAAUGUACAGAUAUUUUGCUACAAACCAUGUUUUCUUUUUACCUAAUUCACAUUACCUGAUGGUUAAUAUUGUACAUAUUGUUUAAACAAAAAAGUUUUCAUUGCUUUGUGCUAUACAACUUGAAUGUUAUUUUAACUUAUAGUUUUUGUUUCCAUUUGUUUGUAUAUUUAAUUAAGCCAAAUGCAGCCGGACUCAGUAGUGUUGAAUCAUCUCAAAUCAUUACUUUGCUGACUGGUGUUUCACAGGAGCCUCAACUUCAGAUACAGGAACAUGCAGCACGUUCUGAUUUCAAGUGUUGGUACAUUAAACCUCUUAAUCAUAAAAGAGGUAUCUAAAAUAAACUUGUAUUGGUCAGCUGGUUUUGAGGCUCAGUGACUGCCAUCAUCUCCACAGAAUCACGUGCUGCCGUUCAUCUCCAUUUUGUUUUCUUCACUGUCUGUAAUAGCGACAUCUAACUGGAUAAUACUGGCAUGUUUUAUUUUUUUCACCAGAAAUGUAUUUUAGGCAGUUUGUGCUUAUGUCAAAAUAACUUUUUU